AUGUUUGUCACUUAUAUGUCAAUCCUGUGCUUGGCACUGAGCCCAGCUAUUGCCGCUCCUUUGGAUCAAUCAUCUUCUCUUGCCCAGCAGUCCCCUGCCUCCUGGAGAAAUGAUGGAAGCUUAGUUGGUGGCGGUGCAAAGAGCUUUGCCGUUCUAGUGUCCGAUCCAGCAAACGCCAAAGUGACCAACAACCAGGCUGUGACAAUCACCGAUAGUGGCACCGCAGGCUCAGACAACCACCUCACCAACUGUGGCCCCGCGAGCGCCUACCCGCGAUAUGGCACAGGUGGUGUGUGGAUGAACUACCCUGAUAUGUUCAACAAGAACAAGCAGAGCAUGAGAAACAAUGGCGCAACCGACGAGGAAAUCGGAAGAAUCUACAACUCUAUUAAUACGAUUGCCGCUGCAUCGCUAGUGGAUCGACGAGUGAUUCUGGCAGUUAUCAUGCAGGAGUCCCAUGGUAACCCCCGUGUUGGUUCCACUACGUCUCAUGAUGGAGUUGGAAACCCCGGCUUGAUGCAGUCGCAUCAAGGUGUGACCUGCUUUGGCCAGGCAGCGCCUUGCCCUCAGUCGAUUAUUGACCAGAUGGUUCGUGACGGGACGCAGGGAACUUCGUCAGGCGAUGGUCUUGUUCAAGGUAUCAACAUAUUCGGCAACGUUUACGAGGCUCUUAGAUAUUACAACAGUGGCAAUGUGGAUAAGAGCAAUCUGUGCUUGGGAGGGGCGACUGCUUCCUAUGUUGCUGAUGUUGCCAGCAGACUUACUGGCUGGGUUAACUAA